AUAUUUUUUUUUUCACUUGAAAAAGUCAAAUGUAAUUAUUCAGUAAGUUAUGAGAUGGGCAAUCUAGUAAUUGUAGUUGACUCUAGAAUUCCCCAGGAGUUGGUGAUAAUGGUCUAUCUGUCGGCUAUGCUUUCUCUCCAUAUUUUCCUCUGUCAAGUUGCAGGUUUUACCCUAUUUCUUUAUUUAUUGCCAUUAACCCCACAUUUCUCUCUCCUCAUUCUCUCUCUAACAUCUUCUCCAUAUAUGCUUGCACCCUCUUGCACAACACAAGCACAAAAUGGAAGACUUCACCAAACUAGCUAAAUUGUUCUUCAUACUCUUGGCCUUCACAUUUGCUGCUCAACAAAUACAAGUCAAUGAAACAGAAGCAUGGGUGUUGAAGUACUCGCAACCUCAAAGAGAUCAAAGAAUAAAGGGUGGCAAUGAGGCAUGGAGAAUGAGGAAAUCAUGGAGAGCCAUGAUUGGAUCAACAGCACCAACUUGCACUUACAAUGAAUGUAAAGGAUGCAAGUACAAAUGCAGAGCUGAACAGGUUCCUGUGGAGGGGAAUGAUCCGAUCAAUAGCCCCUAUCAUUAUAGAUGUGUUUGUCAUAGAUGAUGGAAACCCUGGUUCAUUGUUCAAGGAUGUAAUCGUCUAUUCAGGCAGAUUUAAGCAGAUUUUGGUUUACCUUCUUCA